AUGUCUUUAUCAGGCGAUCGAAAGGAACAGAACCUCAAGGGUCGUUACUUCAAAUACUUGGAGGCAUUGUGUGUUUCCAAUGGCAUUGAGAUGGACAAGCUUAAGACUGUGGCCACUGAUUACGAGUUACUGGAAAUGUUCUUUGGGGGGUUACCUGUUUUGGUUGGAUUACGUUACUUUGAUCACCUGACUACAAUUCGACUGGUCGGCCAAGAGAUACAGAAUAUUAGCCCUAUAUCUGAGGUCUCUGAAACUUUGGAAGAACUUUGGAUUUGUGAGUGUACCUUGUCUGAUCUGGGUGGACUAGAGACUUGUGUUAAAGUUAGGAAGUUGUACUUGUACAGUAAUCAAAUAUCAGAUGCCAGUCUUCUCAGUAGCUUGAAAUCGCUCGAAGUUUUGUGGAUUCAGGACAAUCGUUUGACUAGUUUGCAAGUAAGUUCGCUGUGUGUAGGUAAUAAUUCGACCUGUUUGUAGUUUCUGAAAGAUAUUGAGUAUUUAAGUACUUUAAAAGUUGGUGGAGAUCAGUUCAACGAUUGUUUGGCUAUGUCAAUAUCUCAGUGGCCUUCUAAACUGCAAUUGCUGGAUAUAUCUGGAAGUACUUUAUGUCUUCUGCAGGUAAACAAACGUUUUUAAAACAACAUUAACAUUGUAAGCAGUGGGAUCUUAUAAAUUGCAGAGUUUGUUAGGCUUGUCAUGUUGCGGCAUAUUAAGACAGUUGAAUAUUUGUAAUGACAAAUAUCCUUCGAACUGCUUGAUCAAGGACGAAGACCAAAUAGUUUGGCUUACUUUCCAUUUUCCGUUUUUGGAGUAUCUUGAUGGCGAUCAGUUAAACGAAAACUUUGUUAACAACUACACGGUAAGCAUAGUUCUAACUACUUUUUUACAAAGUUACUGUUGUAGAUGAAAGCUGAGAAGAAAGCGGCAUUGGAGAUUAACAAGAUGAUUACAAAAGCACGUAAGAUGGUGCAACAACUAGAUACGAUAAGAAAGAACGAAGCUAAAAUUAAGGAGAAGUUAACUUCAUUCAUCAAUGCGUUAAACAAAGCUUCUGCUGCUGUAUCCAAGAAGGAAGGUCGAAGAGAAUUGACACUCAAGUUGCAAGACUUGUAUCAGUUGAAGUUGAAAUCCCUCAGUAACUCGAUAGGUACGACAACUAUGUUAUUUGUGGCAUAAUGUAUAUAUAAUUGAAAGUAAAUAAUUACUUUCAGUUGGGUGCAUAAAAUGUGAACGAGAAGUCUUCUACGUAUCCAGCUACCUACUGCCAUCUUGGCAAAUGGAAAGCGCUGGUAGAACAGUUGCACGAGAAGCCACAAAGACAGAACUUUUGGACCUUGAGCACACUUUUCAAUCGUUCUGUACCGUAGAGGAACCAAAAAUGAAGGUGAAAACGGCAGUCAUGUUUAGUCUGACGCCCCUGAAUAAGACUGAAAUGAAAGAACUACACUUUCUACAGUCUUCUGACAGUCCUUUGUGGGACUUUGCUGACUUUGUUGACGUUGGUAAUCAAAGACUGGCUUCGGAUGGCGAAGGGACCUUUAAAUUAGUCAAAGAUUUGUCAGCCAUGUGUGGCGAAAAUCAUAAAACGGUAGGGUUUUUGUAACUAGGGGAUCAGUAUGGAAUGCCAAUCGACUUUUUACAAUGAAAUUUACCGUUUUAUCAGCAAAAAAAUGUAAGACAUGGCGAUAAAAUUACUGACAUUCAUGCCGAUCUCUUUCAAAUGACUUCGUUAUUGCUUAUAGCCUUUUUAGUUAUGUACAUGUAUAUGGCCAGUAGUAAAAUUAAAAAAGGACCAGAAACCUAAAAUAAAAGAAGUUGACGAUGCAAACGGUAACAACUUUGAAUUACAAGGUAUAUAUUGUUGUAUUUUAACAGUCUUUGAAAAUCUUAAUAUUAUAGGCAAAGAAGACGGUUUCACCUGGAAUCAAAUGGAGCUGGUCGGCCUUUGCGUGAUGGAGCUGCAACGUUCAUCGUGGCCAUCUUUUGAAGAAUUGAAAAACUUUCAUCAUUUCGAUGAACACAUCAAUGAUCAAGUAAAGAAACUCAAAGAUCUUGGCAUCGAAUUGAAGUUGGAGAAGAUAGUAGCGCCUCUACAACAACAAGCUACAGAAGACGAAGGAGACCAGGAGAAUCAAGAAGUCAUCAAGACGAAUCAGUAGGACAAAAUAAGGUUUUUUAUUGUUAGAGAAGUCAAGGUUUUAGAUGUGAUAAGCGACAAACUAAGUGCUGGAAGGUACAGACUGGACGGGCCUAUUUGGACUGGUAAAGAGCUAAGCCUGCGGAAUCCUGCGGAGUUGUCUUUGGCUUACACAAAGCCUAUGAAUUUGCAGAAUCCUUCAGUUUUUGUAAGUUUUUUAAAAAAGUAUCUAAUAAUAAUUUUAUAAAGUAAAUAGUUAACACUAGUAAUGCCUACUACAGUAUGACUCCUUCUAUUUGCCUUUGACUUUCUUUAAUUUUUUUUAAUUAUGCUUUAAUUUAGGAUAAAAUAGUCACUUUAAACUUGGAAGGACUACAAAUCGACACUCUCGACGGCAUAGAACAACUAGAAAAUGUGCGAUACUUGUCGCUAGCGUGUAACAAGCUUUCAAGUAUUAAAAGGGUAAAGGCCUUGGAGAAACUACUGUUUUUGGAUGUCUCUCAUAACAACGUUCACAAGAUUGAUGAAUUGCCAGGGACAUUGACAGGCCUCAAGGCGGCACAAAACCAAUUGUCAACUAUCGGCUUUUGCAUGAAAUUACAGGUAUUGUAAUACAACACGGUGAAAGUAAAUUUAUUGUGAUAUGGUACAUGUUGAGUACUUUACUGUUAACGUAAUUUUAGAAUUUGACCUACUUUAACUUGUCACAUAACAAAAUAAAGUCAAUCAAAGGAAUCGAGGAACUAAAAACUUUGCAAACUUUUCUGAUAACUGAUAACCUCCUGAAGGACAAAACAGAAGUGGACGUCCUACAGGUAAUCCUAAGUUUGCUGUCAUAUAAUCGCAACGUACCUUUUAAGCAACUACCGAACCUUCGAUUCGUCGAUUUGGUCGGAAAUCCUUUGGCCGAUGAAGACAAUUACAAGAAUGUCAUUUUAAAUAGCACGUCUACCACAAAAACCGAGAAUGGAGAAAGUGCAAGUUCAGAACAGCCAGGACAAGUGGUCAGGAAAGCUGGAAAGAUAUUGACCAUGGACUUUUUGCAAAAGGAAUUUGGGGAAAAUUUGAAUAAAGAUACAGAGUUUAAUUUGAGCGACAACCAAUUCCACAUGAUUGCUUUGAUCAGGAACGGACUUGACAUGUAAGUACAAUAUUCGGUAAUACAACUCAUAAAGUUUGUGUUAAAGCUUGUAACGUAAUUAACAUAAAAGCAACUUUUCUUUACAAAUUUUUAUCAGAUUGCAACACGUUACUACAAUAAACUUGUCCGACAAUCAUCUACAACACUUGUACGAAUUGGCUCAUCUUCCAAAUCUUGUCCAACUAAACCUUUCCAACAACCAGAUAUUGUCUUUAACUACUGAUAGUGUUCCAAAAGUAAGAAAUAAAUUAUUACAUUGAUAUUUUUCCUAAUUAUCUUAACCGGUACAGCAUGUUACACACAAUUUCAGAUACUACCAAAGUUGGAGCUCUUAGAUCUGUCCUCAAACAACCUUACGUGUCAGUCGGUUGCCAGAAUCGGACUCCAAAAGCUGCCUCAGCUCAAGCGAUUAAUACUGACUGGCAACAAGUUGUCGCGAUUUGAUGCAGCUUUGUUUGAUUUUGAAAACUUGGAAGCGUUGGAUUUGAGUGGAAACGACAUCAAAGUGAUUAGAAAGAAGAAUCUGAAGCACUUGAAGAAGCUGGAUCUGUCUGAGAACGACCUCAAAGACUUGGAGGGGCUUACUUUGCCUAAUCUUAUCACUUUGAAUGUUUCCAAAAACAAGUACGACAAUAUUCUUUUAUAUCUACUCUACCACAUUAUUAUACUUAAUAUUAUUGUAGCCCAACAUUUUCAGAAUAAGUUCUUGUGCUGCCAUGAAGAGUCUGAAAGAAUUGAAGAAUCUGAAAUCGCUGGACUGUUCUGAAAAUCCAGUAACUGCUCGAAGAGUCUACAGCGACUACAUCAAGAAGCAACUGCCAGGCCUGGAGGAGCUGGAUUCUGAAGUUGUGAUACGGAGUAACAACAACAACGAACAGGUGGACGAGAACGAUGGAGUAGCUACUGAAAAGGUGGCACGUCCACAUUUGGCAGUCCGUGUGAAUCCUCUGGCAGUUCAGAUCGCUAACGAGAAGAGUUCGGCCGUCAAACGCUACAUGGAUUUCAAGCUGUUAAAGUACGGUAAUUUUUAUAAAAACCGUUAAUGUUUUGCCAACUUGGUCAAAAAGCCAAAAACUAAACUUAAAUUGUGCAUAAGAAGUCAAUUCCGCGUAAUUUUCCACAUAUUAUAAUUUGGCUCAAUACAAUUUUUUAAACAUUUCAGAGAGAAGUCAGACGUAGUACCUGUAGCCGAAACGACGUUGAAACCAACAGAACAAUUGAAAAAGACCCAGAGUUUAUUCAACAUGGUAACGCCUGAAACCAACAACAAUCUUAACGACUUCUUGAUUUCGGGGAAGAGGUAAGGACACUCUAUAGGAAGUAUAAUAUUCAGGAUAACAAAAUACAAUCGGCACUACAAGAUGAGUUGA